AUUUCUCGCAGUCCCGCGACAGCACUGGAGACUUCCCUCCGCCCUCGCACCCGCCCACCACGUCGCCUCGCGCCCGCCUCGCCCCUGCAAACAUCGCCAGCUCGCCUGCACUCCCCAUAUCGAGGGGUCGCCUGUCACGAGUUACCGACGAUGGCUUCCCUCGCCUCUGCUUGCCGCCUGUCCGCCAGGCUGGCGCGGUCCAAAUUGCCUCACGAGGCAGCUGCUCGGGGCUUCCGGACAUCGGCCUCCUCCCUCGCCGCCCAGAACUUCACAAUGCCUGCAUUGUCCCCCACCAUGACCGAGGGCAACAUCGCGACCUGGAAGGUCAAGGACGGCGACAAGUUCUCCGCUGGUGACGUCCUCCUGGAGAUCGAGACCGACAAGGCGACGAUGGACGUGGAGGCUCAGGACGACGGUAUCAUGAUGAAGGUCCUGACGGGCGACGGCGCCAAGGGCGUGCAGGUCGGAACACGGAUUGCCGUGAUCGCCGAGGAGGGCGACGACAUCAGCUCACUCGAGAUCCCGCCCGAGGACACCCCGAAGCAAGCGUCUGCCCCCAAGGCACCAGAGAAGAGUUCCGAGCCCGCGCCAGUACCACAAGAGGAGAGGACUGCAUCAGAGCCUGCCAAGCACGGCGCCAGAGGCGGCGGAAAGGCCCAGAAGCAGACCUACCCUCUGUUCCCCUCGAUCAUCCAGCUGCUCCACCAGAACGGCAUCGACGAGUCCAAGAUCCACGAGAUUCCUGCGACGGGGCCUAAAGGCCGUCUGCUGAAGGGUGAUGUGCUGGUCUAUCUUGGCAAGGCCAAGGCCGACUCCGCCUCUAAUGUGGAAGAGAUAUACAACAAGCUGUCACACCUGGAUCUUAGCAAUAUCAAGGUGGCCGAGAAGAAGGUAGAGAAGAAGGGCGCGGAGAAGCCAGCCAAGCCGGCUGCGCCUGUGGUCGAGGACCUGCAGGUGACCCUGCCCAUCUCUCUGGCGCAGGUCAUCGAGGUACAGACCAAGGUGCAGGACACCCUCGGCGCGUUCCUGCCGCUGUCGGCCUUCAUUGCGCGCGCCACCGAGGUCGCCAACGACGAGCUGCCCCUGGCCGCUGACUACAAGCCGUCUGCGGACGAGCUGUUCAACCAGGUCCUUGGCCUGGACACAGUGAGCCCCCAGGGCUCCAAGGGCCACUACCUCCCCCAGAUCUCCGCCCUGCCACCACCACCAUCCCUCUCCCAGAAGACUUUCGCCACAGCCAAGCCGGACAUAUAUGACAUCCUCACAGCGGGCCCCGUCAGCAAGAAGGCGCCCGCCCCAUCCAGCCGGCCGGCUGGCCUCUCUACGGGGGUGAACGUGUUUUCCCUCAAGGUGCCCAAGGCCGAGGAGCAGAGGGCAAAGGUGUUCCUCGAGCGGGUCAAGAUGGUCCUGGAGAACGAGCCCGGCCGGCUGGUCCUGUGACAGCCAUAAUACAGCACACAGAAAGCCGGGGCGAUACUAACAUGCGCACACAUUGUACGAAUACCAAUUUGCAUUGAAUAGACAUCGUGGCAAGCGUUCAUGCACGGAGGCAUCAGAUCAAGAUUUUGGCCAAGAGUGAUUGUGGCAUAUUGUAAUGGCCUCUUCUCGUUCCAAGUCUA